CCCGCGAUCUAGGCCGCCGCUACCUCCCUCCUCCUCGCUCUCGCCGCCGCCUCGACUCCCGGUUCGCUUCGUCUCCGCUCCCCUCCCGAGCCGAGCCGAGCAGAGCGCAGCCCGAUACCGAGAGAUGGCGGACGCGAAGCAACAGCAGCAGCAGCCGCAGCAGGCGGCGGCGGCGGCCACCGGCGUCUGGAAGACCAUCAAGCCCUUCGUCAACGGAGGGGCCUCCGGGAUGCUCGCCACCUGCGUCAUCCAGCCCAUUGACAUGGUCAAGGUGAAGAUCCAGUUGGGUGAGGGUUCUGCUGGUCAGGUCACAAAGAACAUGCUUGCUAAUGAGGGGAUCCGUUCCUUCUACAAGGGUUUGUCCGCCGGUUUACUAAGGCAAGCUACUUAUACAACUGCUCGUCUGGGAUCCUUCAGGGUUCUAACUAACAAAGCAAUUGAAAAAAAUGAGGGGAAGCCGUUGCCACUAAUUCAGAAAGCUUUUAUUGGUCUGACUGCUGGAGCAAUUGGUGCUUGUGUUGGUAGUCCUGCUGAUUUGGCACUCAUUAGAAUGCAAGCUGAUUCGACGUUGCCAGUCGCACAACGGCGUAACUACAAGAACGCUUUCCAUGCACUCUACCGGAUUACUGCCGAUGAGGGAGUCCUUGCACUUUGGAAGGGUGCAGGCCCAACUGUGGUGAGAGCUAUGGCACUGAAUAUGGGUAUGCUUGCUUCCUAUGACCAGAGUGUCGAGCUAUUUAGAGACAAAUUUGGUGCAGGAGAAGUUUCUACUGUUAUUGGAGCCAGUGCUGUUUCUGGAUUCUUUGCCUCGGCAUGCAGUUUGCCCUUUGACUAUGUGAAGACACAGAUUCAGAAAAUGCAACCUGAUGCCAAUGGCAAGUACCCGUACACAGGGUCGUUGGACUGUGCCAUGAAAACCUUAAAGAGUGGUGGCCCAUUCAAGUUCUACACUGGCUUUCCAGUAUAUUGUGUCAGGAUUGCCCCCCAUGUCAUGAUGACCUGGAUAUUCUUGAAUCAGAUCCAGAAGUUCGAGAAGAAGAUUGGCAUAUGAGGCUGCCAACAGGUGGAAACAGGCUUUUUUUGGCUACAUGCUAUUAUUGCUCGACUCAUAUAAUAACAUGCCAGCUGCUUUGACACUCUGGUAGUUGGUUUUGGCACACAAGUCUGGAACAAUUUUUACCUUAGCUUAUAUGUCGCUUGACGAUACAAUAAUCGUAUCUUUUGUUGUAUUGGGGAAAAUUCUUUUGGGUGGACAUGCUUUUGUUGGCUGGGACGCAGCCAUGAGAAGAGGAGGUACUACCUACUUGUGCCAUUGAAUGGAACGGGAUCAUAUUUUAUACAGAUUUUUUCAGCGAA